GAGAAAUUGCAACGGCAGAAGUGGAGGCGCAGUCUUCCGGCGCUUUGCGCGCUGUGCCUCCUGGUGAAGGACCUGUCCUUCGCGGUGCCGACAGCGACAGCCGCGUCAGCCCCCGCCUUUGGCGCCGAGCGCCCACUUGGUGAUUCGCGGAGACUUGACCGGGCGCAGCUUAGAAGGCUUCAGAAAAUCCCCCGGAAGGACGCAGAGGGAGAGGUGAAGCUGAGCUCCGUGACGCAGUCCACGGUGAACUUGGUGAAGAACAUCGUGGGCGCCGGCAUGCUGUCGCUGCCCUCCGGCGUGGCCGCCUUUAGCUCCAGCCCCAAGGCGGUCCCCCCGGCUCUGGGCCUCGCACUGCUGGCGGCCUUCUUUAGUGCGUAUGGUUUCAUCCUGAUCGCCCAAGCGUGUGCUGCCACGGGCGAGACCACCUACACCAGGGUCUGGGCAAAAUCGGUGUCCUCCAACACCAAGUUCCUGCCUGCGAUCGCCUGCCUCGCCAAGGCGGCCAUUGGCUGCAUCUCUUUCUCCAUGAUCCUGGGGGACUGCAUCUCCUUGAUGCUGUCGCCUCUUCAUCUGCCGGCGCUCAUUGCCCACCGCGACGCCGUGAUCAUGAUCAUCACCGUCACGGUGCUUUACCCGCUGUGCAGCCUCAAGUCGCUCGCCCCUCUGGCGAAGUUUUCCUUGCUGGGAGUGCUCAGCAACUUUUUCAUCUGCUCCUUCAUUGCUCUGCGCUGCAUCGACGGCUCCUACGCCAAGGGCGGCAGCCUCUUCCACGCAGCGCCCCUCGCUCCCCAGUUCGUUGCCUCUGGGAGCGCCUUCAGCCAGCUCUUCCAUCCAGGCAUUUCCGUGUUGCUGAGCAUCCUGGCGACGGCGUACCUGGCGCACUACAACGCGCCGUUGUUCUACGAGCAGCUGGCGCCAGACCCGAAGACUGGGAAGAAGGAGCAGCGUUUCGUGCUAGUGUCCAUCAUCGGCUUCUGCGUGGCAGGCCUCAUAUUUAGCUUGGUGAUGGCGGGAGGCUUCCUGACCUUCGGCAAGCAUAGCAUGGGCCUCAUCUUGAACAACUAUGCCGCCACGGACCAUCUGGCGCUCUUCGCGCGGGGGGCCAUCGUCAUGUCGCUGGUCACCGCGUAUCCCCUGGUGUUCCUCAGUCUGCGGAAGCAGGUGCUGGAGCUCGCGGAGGACAAGGCGGAGGAGCUGGCUGAGAAGCCCAGGCUCAUGACCAUCUGCUUGCUGGCAGGCAUCACUGCCAUUGCGCUGAGGCUACGGAACCUGGGCGUGGUGGCUGCGCUGGCCGGCGCCAGCUUCGGGUCGUUUCUGGUCUACGUGGCGCCCCCGUUGAUGGUGCUGGGCGCGCAGCACCGGGGCCUGGCCGAGAAGCCCAAGGGCGUGUUGGGCUUGUUGGCGCGGGCCACGCAGCUCUUCCUGGUGCCCGGAAAGCCCGGAGCCCUUGGGCUUGGGGCUGGGCAGCAUCGGUGUGCACCAGUGCCUGAAGUGAGCGCCUGGGGCGUUCGGGCCGCGCCCCCGCGGGGCCUGGGGCGUCCGCAAGCCGCUUGCGCGUCCGCGGGGUUCGUUGAGAUCGAAGCGGAGGGUCCUUGGAGCUUUCGGAUCGGGUUUGAUCGUCGCAUCGAAGAUUUCUCCGGGUUUAUGUGGACCAUGGGGAGGAGCCGGCGUGGCCACCCCGGGCCCCGUCCAGCGGUCAACCGCGGUCAACCGCGGCUCCGGCGGUUCCGGGAACGGCCUGCUGGGCUUUCGCGCACCGCGCACCGCUGGCAGCGUGUUGCUUUCAGCUCUUGGGCCUCGUCGCCGAGCAUGGCGGAGGUCUCAUGGACCAAAUGGGACUUCAGCAACCUGGAUACAGCCGGCUCGGGCAAGGUUGAAGGAGUUCAGGAUCCCAUCGGCUACAAGCUGACCAUGGACGACAGCAGCGCUGCUGGAAAGAACAAGUCCAAGACGGCGAAUCAGGAGCUCUUGGAGAAGAAGGCUUGGGAGGUGGCGGUGGCGCCUAUUCAGUCGGUAGGCAUGAACCUCUUCAUGCUGUGGAUGAGCGGGUCCUCCCCGGGGAUCUUCACCGUGAUGAUCCUGGGGUACUGCUUGACCUCGAUCGUGGGGCAGUUCGCCAAAGCCAACGUCGCUUUCCAGAACUUCAAGACCAUCGACACCACCCUGCAGUGGCUGGCCUACCUGGCGCUCUGCUCCGUGUCUUUGGCCUACCUCCUGUACCACAUGGCCGGCAUGGGCCUUCUGCCGAAUUCGUCUGGGGACUGGAUAGCACUCAUCCCCAAUGUCGAGGUGAUCGAAAGUUCAGGUGGAGUCCUCAAGUGACAGGCAGCUGACCGCGCGCGCGCGCGCCGGAGGAGAGUUCCCGCGGAGCAGAGCAUGGCUCCCCGUUUCACAGCGCGGCCAACGCCUGGUUUUGAGAGCCGGGAGACUGGGGCUCGGGGUGAAGCACACCUGCACUCCAAAGCUUG